AAUCAGUAGCGUAGUAGAUAAACUGACGAGUUUAACAACUCAUCGGUCAUUCAGCAGCAAGGUCCCAGCAGUGCAACUGCAACAGCGUGCAGAAACGAGCGAGCUCGUCGCCGCGGUUUCGAUAAUCUAUUCAGAACCCCUUCCGACGCGUUUUCCUUCGUCGAGGACGUAAGAUGAGCAACGAAACGGCGAAACGACCGGUUACGUUCAAGACUCCUGGCCAAAGCAAAGUAUGGAAGGUCGUGGAGGCUGUGGUCAAAGGGCAGCAAGAGCCUACCAAGUUCACCAUUCGGGAGCUACCGGAGGACAGGUACGAGGAUGCCAUCGAUCACAUGUGUACUUACUUCAUUGCGGAAGAGCCGAUAUGUAAAUACUGGAAUGGAAAAGACGAUCCAGAGUACGUGCAGUCCUUCCGAGCACUUUGGGCGGAAGUUGUAAAGCAAGGUUUGACGGUGGCAGCCUUCGUCGAUGACCCGAAAGGCGGGAAACCGAUACUGGCAGGCGUGAACAUGCUUCUGUUGAGCCAGAAGGGCGAAAAAGAGAACCUGGAUGGUAUUUUAAAGUCAGAAAGAAGCAGGUUGCUAGUGUGGUCCAUGGAAGUCCUGAUCAAGGCUGGUAACGUGUACGACGUGUACGGGACAGACAAAUACAUAAACGCUCUUGGCUUGUCUGUGCAACCGUCGUAUCAAGGAGCUGCUCUGGGCGCUCACCUUCUGAACGCCAGAGAGAAUAUCGGCCGCGAGUACGGCAUCUCGGCGACAGCGACGGUGUUCACGUCGCCGAUCGCGCAGCGUCUGGCCGCGCGCUGCGGCUACACGGACCUCGUCGUAAAGGAUUUCGAAGACUUGGUGGACGUCAAGGGGAACAAACUGUGCCCGGGGAUAGGGCUGAAGCAACUGAAGCUCAUGGGCAAGAAGCUUUAUUAAUGCAAACUGUUGCUAAUCGAGUAUACUUAACGCUAUGUGGGAAACCAUUUGUUAAAACACAAUGCGGCCGAACGCCCGUUUUCUGGACAAAACUUGAAAAUCAUCGGUGAUGCAAGAACAUGCUUUAGACAAAAGUUGUGAGGUAUAGAGCUAAAAAUAUGGAGGUUAUAUGUUUUUUACAUUCUGGAGAUAUGAAGAUUUUUCAAUGAAUACUUCGCGUUUCGAAUCCAACGUUCUAUGAAUGGAGAAACGAAGUUGUUCUUCAAAUGACAAUUAUUCUGGCAACCUUCGAUUUUUAUGCGAAUAGUCGAAUUUCUGGGUUUUGUCCAGGCGGCCACGGUUCUUUUCGGACUGACGGUCCUCACUUCACACCCUUCCAACCUUCAUGGAAAACCUCCCCUUAAGCACUUAAAUCUAGGCACAAUAUCGUUCGAUUCCAAUGCAAACAAUUCGUGGAGACUUAUCCAAUUAGCAAACUGCAUAUCCAACGAAUUGUACAACUUCCCACUGCGAGGGAACUGCGACGGUUUCGCAACAUUGUUAGGUAGACUAAUUAUUGCAUUCUCAUUCGACGGAGAAUGGCAACGGGAAGGUACAUCCUGUCUCUUCCGAAUCCUCCGUAGGGUUUCCGAGGCUUCUUUGAUCCGCUUUGAAUCAAUGAAUCUUUCGGUUUCAAUUAGCGAAACGUGGGCGUGUAAACGGGCAAAAAUGUAAUUACACUUUGAAUUGGUUCGUCUUUGACGCCGCGCCGACGACUGAGAGCGGACAAAGGACUUUUCAGUCGGGAAACUAGUUAAUUAUCCUUUGUACCUAUUAAUACGAUGUACAAUAAAAUAUAAUUUACCCAAUAUCGAGCGAACCAGAUGAAUUCUCGCUGUUUUUCAUUUUAAAAUU